CUAUAUUUACUUCUUAUAUUCCCCACUCUUUCUUUUUGUUCUUUUUUAUAUAUACAUUCUUUAACAAACAUCGACAGUCAUGGAAAAGACAUUUGCCGGAUUAUUACGCCAUUCUCGACUUGCUUCAUAUGAUCGUACACUUCCUCAAGUAUAUACAACACCAAAGAAGGCGAAAAAGGUCGGCAAUUGGGGAUUUAAACGAGGGCUUCCUACUGUGGUACGAACACGAUAUGUAACUGUAGGUGAUCUUGAUACAGCUGAACAUCAAACACCAUGGCAAUCAGGGGAAAGUCAAGUACUUUUUGUUAAACGAUGGAAAGAGAAUUUCCCCAAUUCCAAGGCACCAGCACCUCGACGAGAACAAGUACAACACAAUGUAGCGGCCAUGACCCCUCGACAAUUUAAACAAUUUUUGAAACAAGCCAGUCAACAAGCACCUGCUUUCCAACAAGCAUUGAAGAACAAGGAAUUAGUACCGGAACAAGUAUACGACUAUUUAUCAUGUCAUUUCAAUAAGGAUUUGGUGAAUGAUCAACAACAAGAUGGUGGUAUAGUGGGACCUACUUAUAGUGAUCAUCAAGUGGAAUGGAACUAUCCUGUUUUGGGUCGUAUUUUGAACGUUGAUACAGAUGGUUAUGCAGUGGGUAUUAGUGGUGUGGUAGCCAAAUUACCUCGUCGUCAUUCUUCUGGUUUGCGUAACAGUGGUGAUCGCCGUGUACGUGAAUUCUAUGUAGUGGAUGCUCAAUUGAAUCAACAAGGUCGACCUGAAGUCACAGUCAAUCUUCAAGCUUAUCCUUCAUCCAUGAAUUCUAUUUUGACCAGCUCAUACUACCCAACAAAGAAGAUGAAUGAACCAGCUUUGGAAGAUAUGUUUUCUGGACGACGAUCAUCAAGAUUCCAAGAUUUACGUAAUGAUUCCGACAAUAUUCAACCUAAUCCCAAUCAUCAAGAACUUAUGACCCGCAUCUCUGGUUUAUUGGAUACUUCUACCAACAAAAAGAAAUAAAUCUACAUUCAUCUGUUUCCUCUCUUUCUCUCUCAUCGUUAUAUAGUCCCCAUUUUUUUUUUAUCUCCAUCCUCCACCUUUUUUUUUUAUCAUUAUAGAUGACAUAACAUAUAUAUUGGAUACAUAAUAAUAAUAAAAAGAAACAUUCUACUAAAA